GGUUUUUUAGUCGAAACAACAAAAGAAAAGAAAUUCUCAUCGUUGAGUUGAGCCUCUCCUCCCUCCCUCUCUCCCUCCAUCGCCGCACAUCUCAUCCUCAUUUGAAGGCAGGCAGGCAGCCAGCCAGACCAGUAAGAAGAUCAAUUCUGACUUAUGAAUAAUAUUGAUUUGAUUAGGGGAAGUAGAAAGAUCAGAUGGCACUAAAAAGUGUCACAAAAAUGUUAUCCCAGAGGUUGUUUUCCAGGGGCACUAGAGGCAUUGUUACCAAUACUGGAGGACGAACUGAGACCAGCAAACAUAUUACGGAUGAAAAAUUGCGAAGUCUUUGUGAACGCUUUGAGCAGGCUACUGCAGAAGCAAAGGAAUUCAUCGAUGAAUGCAAUGCUGUCUUUGCCCUAAAAAGGGCAUUCCCCUUUGAUCAACAGUUAUGGGCAUCGUUCCUUUUAGGUCUUGGUGUCAGCGCAGUUCAGGAGUUUCAAGAAAUCGUGAAAAUGAGAAAUGCCAUCGAAGAUAAAAAGAACCAGUUGUCAGCUCUUCGUAAUGCCAUCAAAGAUAAAGAAUCCCCUCGUCAAGAGUUACGAGCGCCAGCUUUAUCAGCAUAAGAUAUGAGCGGUUAUUUAAUUUCUCAGGCAUGAGCUUACUUUAAGUUAUGUCAGUUUACUAUUAUAAACCUAUAGUUAUAUUUAUGAAUAGCUAAUAUUGAGCUUUUCUACAGAGCUUAUAACUUUAUGUCUUGUUUCAAGUGGUUUAGAACUUACUAUGGUUAUUGGUUUUAUAUCCCGUUUAUUGUGGUUUAGGGUUAUAAAACUGUUUUUUAUAUCUACUAAUUGCUAGUGCAUUACAUACAGAAAUUGCUGGUGUGUUUGUUUCGGAA